GAGAACGAGGCCUCUCUGGAGUUGUGGGCCGGUGGAGUGAAGGAGUUGUCCACCAUGAAGACGGACCUGUCCCAGUACAUCUUGGCCGGGGACGCUACCCUACUACAAGGACAGGUGGAGCAGCUGCACUGCCAGUGGGAGGAACUCUGUCUGAAGGUGAGAGGGGCAUGGAUGGAGAGAGAGAGAGAGAGAGAGAGAUGUAGGGAAAGAGAUAGAAAGAGAGAAUUGUGUGUUAGAGAGAGAGAGGAAGACUGAUUUUAUUUAAGAGAGAGUGAAAGUGAGUGAGCGGGAGGGAGGGAAGGGAGAGAUAUAAAAAUAUAGUAGCCACUAGCUAUGUUCUGGCCACACAAAAGGCUCCUCCGCUACUGGGGCUGAUGACCAGCGAGUGGAGACACAAAACACACACACAUUCACUCAUUCAUGGCAGCGCAACAUGAGAAUAGAAGCAGCAUGGAAUGGAGGGGAAAACGGACAUGUGGGUGAAUGGAAUGCCACUACUGACCAGCAAAAAUGCAUUAGAUACUUGCAUUUCCCCAAAAGAUUAUAAUUUUUUUUUAUUUAAUGUGUUUCUAUUUCUGCUUAAGAUUUAACAGUUUGACAUUUCCAGUGCCCCCAUUUAAUAUCUUCUCAAUAGAAACUGUUGGGGUUAUUAUGCAUGUACUGUGUUUCAGAGUUUGAGGCUCUGAAUGCCUCUGUAAGAGACAGUAGUAUUUGUGCUCUCAAGUGGUAUAAUAUUUUACUAAUGAUGUACAUCUUUGUCAGUGAGAGAAAGAGAGAGAAAGAUUGACUGUUUUUGGGGGGGGGGAUUUAGCUUGAUUGUUUUGAGACCUAAUUGGGUCCUGAUAAAAGCGCAUGGGCAGUUCGAACGCUGUUCUGUUGGGUUUUGUAACUGAAUUUGUCUAUUACUGAUUGUAAGUCUAAGUGACCGCAGCACGUGGGAGAUUUGAAUGCUUCUGUUGGAGUUUGUAACUGAAUUUGUCCAUUACUAACUGUAAGUUAAAUUAACAAUGGUGAAUGGAGGUGUUUAGCUCUUUAGCUGAGCAGAGGUCAGAAUUCCAAGCUACAGUUAAAUCUCCCUUUAAAUCAAAAACAAACACAGCGUUUUUGUAUAAAUGCCUGUUAACGGUUUUUCUUUCUGAUUACUAACUUGUUGUUGUGCAUCGGGCCUUGUUGUUGGAGAAACAAUGGGGCCCUCAUGGUUCCACUGACUGCCCCAACUUGCAACCUGUUAGGGAAACUGUUAAAAAUUGUGCACUUGUGGGGACACAGAGCUGGCGGCAGCGAUGAGUUCUCCUUAAAAGAAAGUGUUGCAUUGCUAUUAUGAAUAAUGUAGGCUCAAUUGAUAGUUCAUUAAUUUAACAUAUUUAGACAUUUGUUUCCUUACCUUGAAAGCAGUCUAUGGGCACUUUGGUUUUGUUUUACAAGCCACUAGAAUAAGCAACAUUAGCAUUUUGAGAUCAAUUUCCGUAUCUCCCCGUAUAGCAUGUAUUACAUUUCAUGCCCAAAUCAUAAAAAAAUUAAUUCAACCAAUUAAUUGAGUAAUGUAAAACAUUUAAGAUGAUAAGAUGAGAGAUGAUGUGGGUUUGAAAUGUAAUACAUCCUACACGGGGGAGAUUGAAUUACACUAAUAAUAAAAAACGUGUUUUCGGAGUGAAUAUUUAGCUGAUAUGUACACUACCAGUCAAUAGUUUGGACACACCUACUCAUUCAAGGGUUUUUCUUUAUUUUUACAUUUUUUUACAUUGUAGAAUAAUAGUGAAUACAUCAAAACUAGGAAAUAACACAUGGAAUCAUGUAGUAACCAAAAAAGUGUUAAACAAAUAAAAAUAUAUUUUAUAUUUGAGAUUCUUCAAAGUAGCCACCCUUUGCCUUAAUGACAGCUUUGCACACUCUUGGCAUUCUCUCAACCAGCUUCAUGAGGUAGUCACCUGGAAUGCAUUUCAAUUAACAGGUGUGCCUUGUUAAAAGUUAAUUUGUGGAAUUUCUUUCUUUCUUAAUGCGUUUGAGCCAAUCAGUUGUGUUGUGACAAGGUAGGGGGGGUAUACAGAAGAUAGCCCUAUUUGGUAAAAGACCAAGUCCAUAUUAUGGCAAGAACAGCUCAAAUCAGCAAAGAGAAACGACAGUCCAUCAUUACUUUAAGACAUGAAGGUCAGUCAAUAAGGAAAAUGUCAAGAACUUUGAAAGUUUCUUCAAGUGCAGUUGCAAAAACCAUCAAGCACUAUGAUGAAACUGGCUCUCAUGAGGACCACCACAGGAAUGGAAGACCCAGAGUUACCUCUGCUGCAGAGGAUAAGUUCAUUAGAGUUACCAGCCUCAGCUCAAAUAAAUGCUUCACAGAGUUCAAGUAACAGACACAUCUCAACGUCUAUAAUGUAAAAAUAAAGAAAAACCCUUGAAUGAGUAGGUGUGUCCAAACUGUUGACUGGUACUGAAGUUUUGGUACUGUAUAUCUACAGUAUAUUUUUGCCCAUUACAGGUUUUCUGAAGUUGGGGAUGUGCAUAUCAUGCUUCUAUGCUUCAUAGAACAACAAUGGAGCCCUUAUUAUGACAGUGUGUCCCACAUGACAGUGUCCCCAAAACACAUGGCGCUGUCCCCACAAGGCUAACAGGUUGCAGGUGGAGCCAGUCAAUGGAAUGGCUGAGGGACAGAUGGCCAGCCAGGGCUGUGUCCUGCCUGUGCUUCAGGGGACAGCCCCUGUCCCCUAUUGUUGGGGUGGCAACACAAGUCCUCACAUGGCAACGACGGGUCACAAUCGAAACCGCUCCUGAGGGAAUAUUAAGAAUAUUAAGCCUCAAUGAUAAGUUAAGUGAGAGAAAGAGCCACGCUCGUGAAAAAAAACUGUAACUGUCAACAGACAGUGAAAUAUUGCCGUCAAAAUGAACUCAUGUCUGCCAGUUAAGCUCUUUGACCUCAAAAUAAUCAACAUCCCCUCCUUUGUGGAGCAAUGGGAGUAUAAUCUACACAUUAAGCUAUCAUUAGGAAAAUGGACCCUAUUCAUUUCAUGUAAAAAGCUUGACUCUCUAGGGGCCUCGCUCAUUUUACUUGAUUAUGGAGAGUCCCCCAGGGUUCUAGCAUUUGAAUUGACUUGUAGUGAACUGGUAAACACAAGGGUUGGGCUCAAUUCCAUUUCAACUCAGUCAAUUCACAAAGUACACUGAAAUUCAUGUUUUCCUUGUUGCUUUUCAAUGCACAAUGAAAUGUGUCAGUGGUCCACUUUGGUGGAACAAACUUGCAUUACAGUCUUAUUCCAGUUAAAGCAGCCUAUGUAAGAGGCUAUAACCUGUACAUACUGUAGGAGAUUUGUACCGUGCCGUUCCACCUAUGAUAAUAAUAAUAAUAAUAAUAAUAAGCCAUUUAGCAGACGCUUUUAUCCAAAGCGACUUAUAGUCAUGUGUGCAUAAAAUUUUACGUAUGGGUGGUCCCGGGGAUCGAACCCACUACCCUGGCGUUACAAGCGACAUGCUCUACCAAUUGAGCUACAGAGGACCUUCCAGUAGAACUAGAUUGUUCACAGAAUCGAAUUGACAGCAGGGAGGUCUUAUCGCCUGUCCAAUUUUGCAUUAGUAGGGAUGGAUCAAACUUUUAAGUGAAAUUUAGGGACUACACAAGCCAGGUGUCAUAGUGUCAAAGCACUCUUAAAGUAGCCCCCUUACUGAAAGCGGGCAUCUAGCAUGGGAGCUGUAGUUUUUCUGCCCAUUACUAUUCACUAAUAGAGUACAGCUGAAAACCUUGCUCGCCCAGUGAUACAAAACCAAUCCACUUUGUUAAAAAAAAGCAUUUUCAAAGUCCACUGGCACUUCAGGGUAUUAUUUUUGGGCUACAUUCAAUGGACCUGCAUUGUAUGGUGUUAUCUUUUCAAUUUAGACUCCACCUGACUCUCAGUUACUUGACAGUGCCUGUUUUUGUGUUAAAUGUGGCCAAUUUCUCAGGAUUUUCUGUAACGGUCUGGGUUUAACUUGACAAAAUAUAGCAUUUUAGACCCUAGGUCUGUUUUUUGUCAAUGGGAAUAACAUUACUGAAGGUAUAAUUUAACUUAACAUUCAGUUAAGUUAUUAAAGUGGCUAAAAGGAUUCAUUCAAAUUGAGGCGGUCCUAUAGUUCCAGACUAGAGUGGCAAGACCUAGCUUGAGUGCCAGUCUGUUUGUGCUAUCAUGUCAACUCCGUGUCACUCAUUGUCAUGCUAUUUUUGCAAAUGAUUAGGCAAAAGCACAAACAGAUCUGGGACCAGGUGAGGCAAGACCCCCAUCACAAUAUUUUUUUCUGCAUCUGAUUGUCAAUCCCUUCCCCUGGUAGUCUAUCAAGCAAAAUCCAGUCCUUGAGGAUCGCACUGUAUGAAGGUUUCCGUUCCUCCCUUGUCCAGCAGAAACUGGGGGCCUCCAGGAAUUAGGUUUGACAUCCUGUCAAGAAACCUACUACAAUAACCCCCCCCCCCCCCCCCCCCCCCCCGAACCCCCUCUUCUCUUCUCAGGUAUCCCUGCGCAGGCAGGAGAUCGCCGACCGACUCAGCGCCUGGACCAUCUUCAACGACAAGAACAAGGAGCUUUGCGACUGGCUGACCCAGAUGGAGAACAAGGUGUCGGACAGCGGAGACCUCAGCCUCGAGGAGAUGGUGGAGAAACUGAAGAAGGUAAGAGAAAACUGGGGUACUGUGCACAUUAAUUUGAGGAAACAACCUCAAGUGUGGUGAAACUGAAGGAGGUAACAGGAAACUUUGGUAUGGUGCACAUUUUAGGACAUACAGUGGGGGAAAGAAGUAUUUAGUCAGCCACCAAUUGUGCAAGUUCUCCCUGUUGCAGGAGAACUUCCCUGCAAUGCAGGAAUGUAAAAUGUAUAGUGUAUUUGAGGCUUAAAAAGGCUUCUGAAGUUUGUAAUUUCCACUUUCAGACUUGAUUUUCCCUUAUGAAAAAUGUAUCAACCCCUACAAAAAUUUCAAUUAAAGGACAAUUCCUUCAUUUUAUAAACAGUUAUUAUGCUGUUAGUAUAUAUGUACUACUAUAACAUUUGAUUAAUUUGUUGACGUUUAUUGUUUUUGUUAGUCAUACUGCACAUUUCCUUGAUUUUGUAAUUUUGAAACUUCUGUAUUGCCUUCAUCUAAAGCAUACUAUGAUUCCCAGGGUGCAUUUAAUCUCUCAUGAUGCAAUUCUCCACCUAGUUAGUCUGCAGUUAGCUUAGCUAGCUAGCUAUAUCAAGCCCAGGCGAAGCUUAGUCUAAAUAUAUAGACGUGUUGUUUGUUUAGCAACAAAACCGACGCGUGCUCAACUAUGGGGCAAAACAAACGGGGUUGGCUUAAAUUGUUGAUAACAUGUUAACUAUAUUUAAUUCCCAAUGUAUAUUGAAAACAUAAAUGAAGUUGCACAAUGAGCACUUGUCUCUCAAAUACAUCGUUACAGUUGUUGGUUAGCUAGCAAAUUUUAGACAUAUUAUAAUAUUAUCAGUAAAAACACCUCAAAACAAGACAUGGUAUCAAGAACAAGAUCAAACAAGCUGAAACGAGCCACUUACGAUUCACCACAUGGCAGUUUCUUGUCAUUGUUGCUAGCUAUCUGGCCAUUCAGAACAACAACAACACACAGCCUUCUGCCCCUUUGGAGCACGCGCAUCGUUUUCGUGACGUUGUCAGCUAAACUGUCUAUUGCUUAUGUCAAAGGUUAUGAGUGCAUUUCACAUUACUUUUGGCCUGUAAAUAUAUUAUAAUGGUUGUAUGAAUGUCAUGCUGAAUAUAUGUUCAUGUCAAUAACCAGGUUUCCAUCCAACCUUUUUAAACAUUUUUAAUGACGGGCCUGAUGGAAACAGAACAUUUUUCGGUUAACUUUCCAAAUGACGACUAAACAAAAUACACUAGACAAGAUGAGAUUGUUUUGUGUCUGUAAAAUUAAUUAUGCGAUAUAUGUCGGUGGAAACGCUUUUAUGCGCAAAUAUUGAUAUAAUAACCAUCAUAUCGAAGUAAACUUGGAGACACGCGAUGAAAUGUUGUGUGGUCCUCCCACUUUGACUCGUCAGGAAAGCAUGCAGUUUAUUAAGCUGCAGAUGAAAUAAAUUAUGAUGAAUUUCACAGGGUGGUGGAAGUGCAAGGGGAUGAGCAUGAUGCUCCUUUCCAAUAAAUAUCUAGUGUCUUAUUCUGGUGACAUGAUAAUCGAUGCUUGGCUGCCGUUUGAAAAAUGUAAAUAAUAUUUUGUCCAUAUAAUCUCAUCAUGUCGACUAUACGAGCGCUCUAGCCAACAGCACCCUGUUACAGGAGGGGGUCCCAGUUCCGGAGCGACCCACUAGGUGUCAUCCUCCGACAACCUUAGGCACCUCCUCACUCACAGUCUGGACUAAUCAGUAUCCUAUUGGUGUCACCUGUGUCUACCUGUUCACCUGUGUAUUUAUGCCCUCACUUCCCUGUGUUCCCUUGCUCAGUUUUCUCUGUUAGUUUCUCUAUGUCCAUCAGUACUACUCAGUGUCUGAUCGGAGACCUAUGUACAGGUACUUGAGAAGUAUUCUCCCUGUUUCAUUAUUUGUUUCAGUCGUAGGUAGUAUUUCGUAUUUUGGCUGUCAGCCGGUUUUUGGAGACUUAUUUGCGCCGCCUUUCUUUUAUCGUGAUAAGUCCGUUAUUUUGUAUUCUGGCUUCGGGACCACCAGUAAAGAUCCUUGUUUCACCAUCUCUGCCUACUGCCUACUGUAUAUCCUGCACCGCACCUGGGUCACACCUCACACCAACCCUUACAGCGCGCAGAUAGCGCUGUUGGCUAGAGCGCACUUGCCAUUACCAGAGUGGGCACACACGCCAUAUAAUGCUAAACAUUUUAUGAGAAAACCAUCAGUAGAGUUGAAAAUGCGAUGGACACCCAUUUAACUUGUAUUUUUUAUUCAGUACAUGGGAAUUUAACUGCAAAAUGUAUUUUAAUGUGAACUAUGUCAUCACGCACAGCCUUUUAUCUGCAACAAAUCAAUUUGAUGGAAACAUCUCUGGUGGGAAAAAUAUUUAAUGCAGGUUUUUGAAUAUUCACAUGAAAAUCUGUCACUAAUUGGAUGGAAACCUAGCUAUUACAUUUACAUUUUAGUCAUUUAGCAGACGCUCUUAUCCAUAGCGACUUACAGGAGAAAUUACGGUUACGUGCCUUGCUCAAGGGCACAUCGACAGAUUUUUUACCUAGUCGGCUCGGGGAUUAGAACCAGCGACCUUUCGGUUACUGGCACAACGCUCUUAACCACUAAGCUACCUGCUGCCCACUAUUGUAACCAAUCAAGUGCAAUACACUAAAAAUGUAUUUGAAUGUGGAUGCUAACUAGGAGUGGUUUUGCCUAAUGGAAUCAUGGAAGUUUGAGCCUAAUAUUGGAGUAAGCUGACUAUAAAUAUCAUUCUAUAGGUUUUUGAGCGUCUAUUUAAAAUAUGUACAUGUUAUUAGACAAAGACAACCAGAGCAACACAUAGCAGGGAGUUCCAAUAUGAAAAGAAAACUACAGACGGGUUAUAUAGAUUGCUGAAGAUGACUGUCCAUAAUUUAUUGUAUUAAUCAUCUCAGUGAACCUACUUGAAAACUUAACAGAUGCAAUUUCCGGUUUUGCUCAUCAAUAAACAGUCAACAUGAAAUCAUAAAAUUACACUAACACUGUGUAGGACAUCACUAAAUACUUCAUAAUAACACCUCAAAUGUUAAAAGUGGCAGAGUUUUCCUUUUAUUAUAAACCACAUAAUAAUUCACAUAUCCUAUUGCUGCAGGAUUAUUUUCCCACUGUAGCAAACUGGCUCAAAUUAAGAUCCUACAUCUGUCUGGCUGGGUCUUUGGUGGCUAUUGAUCUGAAUGAACUUGAUUGGUAUGGUAAACAGUGCAGUGAAAACCUCUGUAGAUUCAGACCCAUGUCUGGUUAGAUAGAUUAGAUAGAUUAACCCUUUAACCCUGGUGGUUGCAUAACCACUAGAGCCCCAGCUCACACACACAGUGUAGCCCAGACGAUAGAGCUAAUGUGGGUGUUCAUCUGAGGGAGUCUGCCAGGUGUCCUCAGGUCAAGUGACUGGACUGGGGAAAGGGGUCCCCUUGGACCUCCCUCAUCUUGGUACAGUCCACUCCUCUCAUGAGAAUCACACCCAGUCGCAAUUGAAAGUUAGUGUGUCACUCUCCCACAUUUCUGACCUGUGUUAUGCACGUUUGUGAUAUUGUAUAUCACGUGCUUGGUUCCAGAAUUAGAGCGGUAAUCCUACAAAGUGUACAAUUGCUGACAGAAACGUGGACAGACAAAGUAAACAACUUUACUGUAUGUAGGGCAGAAUGGGUACAUGAGGAUUUGGCCAACCCCUUUGUUCCGGUAAACAAUGGUCCUCUCUAUUGAAUUUAGCCUACAUCACGCCUCCUUUUCUUUCUCAUCAUCGAUGUUAGUCAUUUAGUACACAAGAUAAUGAUUUGGGACACAGGGUGUGUUCAUGUUUUUGAUGUAGUGUGAGAAGAAAUAAAUAAAUUAAACGUUGCAAGAGAAAGUGCUCUUUGUUUUGCAGCCCUUUCUCUUGUGGGCACCCCUUGAUCAAAGCUUAAAGCAGAAGUUCAGGAUUUUAGAACUUGAUGUUAGCCACAUAGAAUUAGAAUAAUAAUAAUAAUAAUUUAAUAGGAUCUCUAUGGUUAGCCACUAUAAACUACGGCUCAUUUUAGCCACCGCACGCUAACAAUCAAUGGAAGCGAUAGGGGCAGUCUUUUUUUUUAUGGUCUAAUCACCUUUAAGUCACAUCACACAUAUGGAGUUGAUUUCAGUUGAUUUCAGUUUGGCCAUCACAUUUUUUAAAUUGUACAAUUGCCUGAAUUGUUUGAAAGCACAAAAAAACUGAUUUGGAGAUACCUGAGUGAGUGGGUAGCUGAAAGAGCGGGGGAUGGGCUGUGAGAAGAAGUUGUUAGCUAGGUCGUCAACCCCCCUAUCUGUUGUAAAUACGUAUUUGAAAUGCACUUGAUGUAGCUUGGGAAGUAUUUGAAAGUACAUUAUUUGAAACAUGUAUUUGACCCAGGUUUGGUAGUCUGCUCCCUCUCCUUGAAAGCAAAAGACAGAUUUCUGUGAUCUGAAAAUAACAUUAUUCUUCUUCUCUAUAGGACUGUAUGGAGGAGAUCAACCUGUUCAGUGAGAACAAGAGCCACCUGAAGCAGCUGGGGGAGCAGCUGAUGCUGGCCAGCGACCAGGCCAAGCAGGCCCAGCUCCACGGCACCCUGAGGGACGCAAGGGACCGCUGGCAGCACCUUUUCCACCACAUAGAGGCCAGGUGA